AUGGCCGCCGCCGCCGUUGUCCAAAUCCCCGUCGGGGCUACCUUCCUUAAGACCUUCAAGAAGUCCUUCGUUGAUGUCCCAAUCGAUGCUGAGAAGGGCAAUGCCAUCUCCACCGCCGAGUUCCUUGAGGCGGCCGAGUCCUUGACCACCAUGUUCGAUGUGCUCGGCUCCAUCGCCUUCACCCCCGUCAAGACGGAUAUGUUGGGCAACGUCGAGAAAAUUCGCAAGCGCAUGCUUGCCGCCCCCCUCGCAUCCCAGAACAUCCAGGAUCUUGUGAGGAACGAGCUCAAGACCAAAAGCCAUACCGCGACGGAGGGGUUGCUGUGGCUGGUCAGGGGUCUCGAAUUCACAUGCAUUGCUCUUAGCAAGAACAUCAACUCAACAGAGGAGCUCGCCGACUCCUUCCGCGGGUCUUACAGUGAGACUCUCAUGCGACACCACAGCUUCCUGGUGAAGCGCAUCUUCAGCGCCGCCAUGGGCGCGUGCCCAUACCGCAAGGACUUCUACGCCAAGCUUGGUGACGACGAGCAAAAGGUUCAAGAGGAGCUUCGCGAAUACCUUGCUGCUCUCGACAAGAUCGUCUACAUUCUCAAGGGAUUCUUGGAGAGCAAGGAGGCCAAGUGGUAA